CUGAGAGCAGACUGUGGUGGACUGUCUGACAAACACGCCCUCACAUCAGCAAGACAAAGUGGAAGAAACUGCUGAACACAUGUCACAAGAUAGCAAAGGUCCAACCGGAUAAUGUGACGACAAAUUGUUUGGACAACUGAAGACAGGAACAUGAUGGAAGGACAAAACGGAAAUAUCUUGCCUCGUAAAACAACAGAGAAUGGAGUUAAAGGGAAGCCCCUGUACUCAGUGGAAACCCCCUAUGGCUUUAGACUUGACCUGGACUUCCUAAAAUAUGUAGAUGACAUAGAGAAAGGAAACACAAUCAAAAGAGUCCCCAUCCAGCGCCGAAGCAAGGGCCCACGAGCCAGCACCCUUCCCCGGCACCUCAACCCGUCUGUGUGUGGCUACCGCCCGAGCGCCUGGGGGUCUACUGGAGCUCUUGGCCCAAGGUCCCGGCUGUCAGACGUCCAUCACCAUGGCUACACCUCCUGGGCAAAUGAUCACAGGUCACCACUUUCUCCCACAGGGCUCAAAUCCCUGACUGAGAUGGAGGCCAGAAUCAAGGAGUUUGAUGAGCAGCCUCUAGGCGAGCACAUCAGACCUCAUCUCCUCCGUGCCUCCAGUCUGCCACUCACGGUACUGCUGAGACAGGGAUCAGAGUCCACCGACGACCCCGGCAGCCUCCGGAGUUCGAGGGAUCACCUGGGAGGAAGAAACAUCUCCUGCGAAGACGUCUUCUACUCCACAGACAGCCCCCGACACCAGGACUGCUCGGGGCUUCUGAGGCGUCUGACAGAGGCCCUGGAGCGUGUGGGGGAGCUGGAGAUGGAGAUGAGGGUGAUUCCAGAGCUCAGGGCGCAGAUCUGCAUCCUGCAGGAGGAAAGAGAAAGGCUCCGUCUGGGCCUGAAUCCACAUAUCCCACCCCCCUCGAUGAAUGGAACCGCAGACUCUUACACCUCAUCCAAUUACGGCACAGCGGAGAGCAAAAGGCCUCGGCACGAAAGCCACGUCAUGCUUCCUAGAAAUCACGGCGUCAGUCAAGAGGACUCUAAUCCAACACACGGGUGGAGGACGAGCACAGAUCUGGAUGAGCUGCUGACAGUGACGUCCCUGCAGGCCAAGGUGGCUGUACUGGAGCAGAAGCUCCACGAGACCGGCCUGGAGCUCCAGAGGGCCUUGGGGCUGCUCAGGGAGCAGCAAGACGAGAGCAGAAAGAAGGAUGGCAAGAUCGAGCACCUUAUCAGAAAUCCUGGCGUGUGGGUUCGUGCAGAGAGAGUGGUGGUGGAACAGGAUGGUGACGAGGCAGUGGUGAGAUCCAUUGAGCCGUGCAAUAAAGUGUCAUGGGCUCCGGACGCAUUCACCACUGCAAGGACUGUCGCCACAAACGGACAGAGAAGUCGACAACAAGACCCUGCGGUCGAUCCUACUGAAAGGAGCCCACUGGUGUCUGUGGGAGGCGCUUCAGACGACGACAUAGAUACAACAGUGGUCGUCCACCACAUCAAGAACAUCAAGAGGCUCCUGGAUCAGCAGUGGGAGUGCUUGUGUGCAGACAGUCAGCCAGGAGAGGAGGGCAGACCUCGAAGGCACCCAGACGCCAAAGUCAACUCUCUGCAGCGGGAGAUGAUGGGACUUGUUGACGUCCUCACCUCCUACUACACCCAGCAUGGACACAACGAUGGGGAGACAAUUCAACAGGGAGCCUCUAAAUCCAUCAUGAGGACAGAUGGAUGUGCCUGGACGUCAGAAAGCCCACCUUCUGGGGGUGAUAAUGAAGGAUGCCAGAAAAGUCUGUUUGGGCAGCGCUGUGCAAACCGGAGCGAGCAGAAGGAGAGCGGCGCCGGCCUGAGGGAGAUGGCUGCUGCCCAGGUGGAUGCAGACCCAGAGAAGAGACAGAUAGAGGGAGGGAGGCAAACAGGCCCAGACAGACAGAUGAUAUCAGGAGGAACAGGAUCAGGGCGGACAGAUGGAGGCGUAGCGUCUGUGGAGGCUGAGGCUACAGAGAAGACGGCCAAGACGAAACCGCAGCCCCCGGGAGAACAGAUGGAGGGCAGCUCUGGCUCAGGAACUACCACUGGGGGCAGGGAGACUGUGAGUGCAGAUUUUAUGGCUGCUUGUCAGUUCCUCAAAGAUCACAUGGACAACAUGGACAACCCCAAUGACGACAUGAGGAAGGCCCUGGUCGUGUUGUUUCAGCACUGGUUCAGCGUGGCAGCGGAGGAGGCUUCAGUGGCCAGCAGGUUGGCUGUGUACCUGAGAGAAGUGAAGAAGGCCACGCCGUCACUGCUGGCCUUCUUGGUCAACCUGGCCGACGACAACGGCAACACAGUGCUGCACUACAGCGUGUCCCACUGCAACUACAGCAUCGUCAGCCUGCUGCUGGACACAGGUGUGAGUGAUGUGAACCUUCAGAACAACGCCGGCUAUACAGCGGUGAUGCUGGCCUCGCUGACGGCCCCUGACGGCAUGGAGGUGGUCCGCAAGCUAAUGGAGCUGGGCAACAUUCACAUUCGCUCUAACCAGACGGGCCAGACAGCUCUGCACUUGGCAGUGAGACACGGGCGAGUGGUGAUGGUUCGCCUGCUGCUGAGCUGCGGAGCAGACGCUAACAUCCAGGACAACCAGGGGACCACGGCCCUGAUGUUCGCCUCCGAGAGGGGCCACACACACAUCGCAAGGCUGCUGCUGGAGAGGAGCCAGUGUGACCUCACGCUGACUGACAAGCGUGGUCGAAACGCACUCUCCAUCGCCAUGCAGGGCUCCCACGCAGACACGGCCGCCCUCCUGCAGGCCCAUGCUAAAGCUCGAGCUGUGUAGGACUGGAAAACUGGAAAACAAUCUGCAGACAUAUGAUCCUCUCACAUGUGCUCCUUUCUGUGUGAGGCGCUUGGCGGCUCAGUUUAACGCUGACGCUUUGGGUUGAGCUGUUGCGCUCACGAUACUGUUCCUGAAUUCUGCACAAGCGUUAGCACCAGUUUGGGAUGGGAUGACAUCCAAACGGGCUUUAUGUCAUCAGCGAGUGAGGUAAAGCUUACGUGCAAGCCAUGAUUGCUGAGUCAGUACACAGUAAACGUUUUCUGUUGUCUUUACUGUUGAUGUUCAUAGAUACUUCUGACCUUUGCACAUCCAAGUAGAAGCUUAGCUUUGCAAACUAUGCAAUGAAAAAAAUAUUUAUUAUGAUGUUUUAUUUUAUUGAAUAUGUUGUUGACUAUUACCAAAAAGUCUGCUUAUAACAAGUUUCACUAUCCCGGGUGCUUUCAUGUUUUUAGAGGAACAUUACAGAUUGCUAUUUGCAUUCUUGCAGCGGCAGAGCAUUUUUUAAAGAAAACGUGUGUAAAACAUAGAAAGAAAUGCUACAUACUUGUUGUCAACACGUGAAAGAAAAGACAGAUUCUUGUUGCCAAUAUGCCAACUUGUUGAUUUUACUAGAAUCACUAUCCUGAUGU